CUUACAACAGACCUCGACAUACCGCUACAGUGGCUAGCUCCAGCGUUCUAGUUUAUGAUGCUUGGAAGUGUACUGCAAGACUCAUCCAACUUUGAAUGACGAUUAGAUGAAUAAGUUGUUUGGCUUAAAGUUCAUGAGAGGCGUUUUUAUGAUUUACACUUUUAGCAUGAUAAUUCCAUGGCAGGUGUGUCCGUGCCCGGUGGGGGUCUCUAACACAGCCACCGGACCAUCCCUGAAUCCUCGCCGGUUUAGUGGUUAGGGCCCCGGAAGUCAUUUAUUCAAACCUCAGGGGAAGGUCAGGCUUCCUGGUCCUUGUCGGAGCGUUGGUGCUACGCUGACAAGAAUAUAACCCCAAUAAUGUGUCUUACUGAUUAAUCCACUAAAAGGGAACUACUGAACUAGCUAAUAUUUCUAUUCCUGUCCGGCUUCCCAAAUCUGUUUGGAUUUCUUAUGCAGGCCUAAAGAGGAAAGUUCCAGUGUAUGGGUCUAUGUUCAGUCAUCUACCUCACCGCCCUCGUUACACUCUACGCCUGGACACCACGGACCCUGUACCAUCGUUUAUCGAGCGCCGCUGGCGAGGCCGCAUGGAUCAGCGGAGAGAAGCACUGCAGCAGCUGCCAGGGGUGGCUCCCUGCGCUCAGUUUCAGGUCAGAGGGUGUGAAGAGAGCCGGGUGUCAGGCGUCGAUCGUUGGAAGUUCUUCAAGCGCCCGCUGAUCACCUUCGCUCAGCAGGUUCCACCCAGUGUCGUCUUGGCCUUGCCUAAAGCUAACUCUACAGUGGAUGGGGGUAAUGAACAGCUGCCCAGUCCAUUUCAGCGCACUGUGGGGAUUCAGACGGACUUCAGGGACAGUGAGGCCCAGACCGACCCCUAUACCCCAGAAUAUGUAGUACGUCCUGGAUCCGCCCCCCCAGAGCUGCUGACACUGGCCACACUGUCAUGGGGUCGUGGUCUUCCGGCAGGGCUGGCGGAGGUGGAGAUGAUUGAGCGGGCGAGGGUGAGGCGGGCAUGGGAGGCCACUCUUCCCCCUCUGAAUGACCUGAGCCAGCUGGACAAGAGGAAAAGGAUGAUGGACGAGAUGGAGAGGAAGGAGUGGGCCUUCAGGGAGGAUGAGAUCCAAAAGCUGCAGGAGGCUCGCCUGGCCCUGCUUAAGGGUCAGCUAAGUCGUAGGGAGGAGGUUCAGCAGGAGGCCACGGCGGGCAGGCUGGACCUCCAGUACUCCCAGCAACAGAAAGACAAGGAGAACAAGCUGAAGAAGAUACGUAACAACUACAUCAUCUCGAUGAGGAAGCUUACAGCAAAGAGGAGGAAUGUGGAGGGAAAGCUGGAGCGCCGUGACAUCAUUAAUGAGUACUCCGACUACUCGUCCCAGACGUAUGCCCCUCUGUCCCGCGUGGGCCGGUUCCCCGACCGCCACUCCCAGUGCAACGUGGUCCAGAGCCGCUACCUCGACACUUACGAAGGUCUGCUUGAGCUGGAGGCAGGACUUCCUGUCUGGGUGACUGAGCCACGUAUCAAAGCCCCCAUGCCCAAAGCCAGCCAGGGCUUCGUCAAACGCUCUGUACGCCGAGAGAUGGACCUCAUGAAGACACACCAGGCUCUGAAGGAGAAAUCCCGUGUGGAGGAGAAGAAGGCGCUACGCUUCCUCUUCAAGACAGAGAAGGCGGUUCCUCGACCACAGACCCCCGUGGUGCAUGCUCCCCCUGAGGGGGACGAGGAGAGAGAGCUGGCUGUCAUAUUCUUGCAGAAGCUGCUAAGAGGAAGGUAUAUUCAGAACCAGAUGUUUGAGGGGAAGGAGAAACAUCUGGAACUGAUCCAGGAGCUGAGGACCACUCAUGCCCUGCAGAAGGAGGAGCAGGAACUCCAGGCAGCAGACAGACAGCUCACACUGGCUCUGCAGAGAGACAGAGAACAACACACGCACAAGGCGUCACUGGCAGCCAGCUACUGGGCCGGUAUGGCAGGGGCGGAGCUUGCCGACAUGCUGGACUUUCUGUCAAAGGAGCUGAUUCGCCUGCAGGAGGAGCGCAGGAUCCACGCCUUCUCCUUACUGGCCGAGAGAGACCGCCGCCGCCGAGAGGCCGAGGAGAGUGGGAGGAGACAGGUGGAGGAGACGAGACGUAGAGAGGAGGACGAGAUCUUCAAACAGGUGGUGCAGGUGCACCAGGAUACAGUUGACCUGUACCUGGAGGACAUUAUCCUGGGGACUGUGGAACAGACAGCAGACCAACAGGCCAGGCAGGAGAUCCACAGGGUGGCAGAGGAGGUCAACAACAUAGCCUACGCCAUGGAGGAGAAUCGAAGCAGCCUGCAGUCCGAGGAGAUUGUAGCAGAGCUUAUAUACCGCUUCCUAAUUCCCGAGGUGCAGAAGAUCGAUUUCAGGGAUCGAGUGCGUCAGAGCCAGCAUAGGCACCUCCAGGCAGCCCGGCGGAUUAUCCACGGGGGUGACGAGGGCAAUGUGGACACUCCUUCCAACCCCCCUGGGCGUCCCCUCUCACCCGCAGACAAGACCUCCAAACAGCUCCUGGAGGAGAUGAUCACCUGUGUGGAGCAGGAGCAGGAUGGAGGAGACAGUGGAGAGGAGGAGUGCAGCGAAGGGGGAGGGGCACAGUAGAACAGAACCGGCUGAUAGUUGAAGUGCUUCCUUCUCAACAGAGGAAGCACUGUUUCUGUACGCAAUAGAUUUAAAAAUAUGUCAGUGUUGUCCUUUAAAACAUCUGAAAUAUAAAUCUGGAAAAAAAAAAAAGAUGUGUAUUUAAUUGUUAUUAGGUUUGACUUGUUUCCCAUACUGAGUGUGAAAUUGAAUUGAUAAGAAUUUCGAGUUUGAUAUGUUUAUGGGGUGAGAAGGUGAGAUAUAUUUUUGCAUGGGGCAGAUGCUUUGUACGUCAUCAUGGGUUUUAUCUCUCCAGAUUAAAUAGACGUGGUGGUGACUUUGUGUCAAAUGCAAGUAAUUAAAUUGUAUAAUUGA